AUGUUCUCCCUAGGGUAUGGUGAGUCUGAAAGUGGCCUGAGCACUCAAGGGAAGCAUGCUGCCUCUCCCAUGCCAUCUGCACUCCAUGAAUUGGAGCAGCAGUCCAGCAGUGACCAGCCUUCCUGGACUUUGUGUCUCCUACAGGUGGACGCAGUCAUGGUGGAGCGGAGUCUGAGCCACGUGGCAGAUUGACUGAUUGGCAGCUACAACCUUGGGGGGAUUUCCAGUGGCGAGCGGCGCCGGGUCUCCAUCGCAGCCCAGCUCCUCCAGGAUCCCAAGGUCAUGCUGUUUGAUGAGCCUACCACAGGCCUGGACUGCAUGACAGCAAAUCAGAUCGUUGUCCUCCUGGCAGAGCUGGCUCACAGGGACCGCGUUGUGAUUGUCACCAUCCAUCAGCCACGCUCCGAGCUCUUCCAGCUCUUUGAUAAAAUUGCCAUUCUGAGCUACGGAGAGCUGGUUUUCUGUGGAACACGAGCGGAAAUGCUUGAUUUCUUCAGUGGCUGCAGUUACCCUUGUCCCGAACAUUCAAACCCUUUUGACAUUUAUAUGGACCUGAUAUCAGUGGAUACCCAAAGCAAAGAACGGGAAAUAGAAACCUACAAGAGAGUUCAGAUGAUUGAAUCUGCCUACAAAGAAUCAGCAAUUUAUCGCAAAACCUUGGAGAAUAUUGAAAGAACAAAACACCUGAAAACAUUACCAAUGGUUCCUUUCAAAACCAAAGAUUCUCCUGGAGCUCUCUCUAAACUAGGUGUUCUCUUAAGGAGAGUGACAAGGAACUUAAUGAGAAAUAAGCUGGCGGUGAUGAUGCGUCUCGUUCAGAAUCUGAUCAUGGGUUUGUUCCUCAUCUUCUGUCUUCUGUGGGUCCAGAACGAUGUGCUGAAGGGUGCUGUCCAGGACUGCGUGGGGCUCCUAUACCAGCUUGUGGGUGCCACCCCAUACACAGGCAUGCUCAACGCUGUGAAUCUGUGGCCUCUGUGCCCGGUUCUCAGCGACCAGGAGAGCCAAGACACCUUACACCAGAAGUGGCAGAUGCUGCUGGCCCACGUGCUGCACGUGCUCCCCUUCACUGUCCUUGCCACCGUGAUAUUCAGCAGCGUGUGCUACUGGACUCUGGGCUUAUAUCCUGAGGUUGCCAGAUUUGGAUAUUUCUCUGCUGCUCUCUUGGCCCCCCACUUAAUUGGUGAAUUUCUAACUCUUGUGCUACUUGGUAUGGUCCAAAACCCAAAUGUGGUCAACAGCAUAGUGGCUCUGCUCUGCAUUGCUGGGAUACUUGUGGGAUCUGGAUUAGUAAGGAGCCUGGUGAUGCUGGUUCCUGUCUCCGUUGACUCUCUGGGCUCAUGCUUGGGGAAAACCACGCUGCUGGAUGCCAUGUCCGGGAGGCUGCGGCGCACGGGGACCUUCCUCGGGGAGGUGGUUGUGAACGGCCGGCCACUGCGCAGGGAGCAGUUCCAGGACUGCUUCUCCUAUGUCCAGCAGAGCGACACACUGCUGAGCAAGCUGACUGUGCAUGAGACACUGCGCUUCACGGCACUGCUGGCUGGGCGUCUUCCAGAGGAAGGUAGCUCAGAUGGUUCUGUGACAACUAAUCCAAUGUGUGCCUUCACUCAAGGAAUUCAGUUCAUUGAGAUAAUCUGCCCGGGUGCAACAUCCAGAUUCACAACAAACUUCCUGACUUUGUAUGCCUUUAUCCCAGUUCUUGUCAUCCUAGGAAUAGUUGUUUUUAAAAUAAGGGAUCAUCUCAUUAGCAGAUAGUAAAGAACACUGCUGCUAAAAUGACCUUAAGCCCUAGAGGUGCAGGACUACUUUGAAUGUCUGAAAUAAGAAAGCCACGUGUUUCGUGAUAGUACAUCUUAAGUCUUUUAACUCCAUCUGUGCCCCUCAGAUCCAUGCAGGCUUUGAAUGAUAUUCCGACUCGCAGGGACAUGUGCUAUUUGGAAACUGUGAGUGAGCUGGUCCAAAAAUGUAAAUAGUAGUAAUUCAUAAAGUCAUGGGAGACUAGUGUGACUGUUUUCUUUGUUCUAGACACAGAAAAAUAGGUCAGUUAAAAAAUGUUCACAGGGCACCUGGCUGGCUCUGUUGGUGGAGCAUGCGACUCUUGAUCUCAGGGUUGUGAG